AAUGCUAGAGAUGGAUCUCAAAGAAAGACUAACUGGCUAAUGCAAGAGUACACUGUUAAGCUGCAGAAUACCCCAAGUAGGGCUCCAGGUGACAUAAAGUUGGAAAAUUUGGUGUUGUGCAAGAUAUAUCAAACGAGAAUGAAGCCCAAGAACAACCAAAGCUCCAUGCACCACAAUGUGGUGGAUUACAGUUUGCCAAGCUGUGCAAACACCAGUGGUGCCUAUUCCUCAGAUUCUGCUGUGGGUGAGAGAGAACAUGUUAAAGCCAUGUGA